CUUUCUAAAGAUUGGGAUUUCCUAAGGUCCUGUUCUUUUCAACCUCCAUUGAAAAGUGUUGGGGUGGAGUUUGGGAAGGAGGGGCUGAGGAGUGAGGCUGGGUUAGGUGGGGAAUAAAGAGAGGGAUAUGAAAAGCCCCGAGGUCUGGGGUCAAGGAGACAGGCGUGGGGGAAGGAUUUGAGCCACUGUGACGUGUAGUGGGGGAGACAGCAGGGAGGCGCGUGCCCGGGCACGACAGCCUGGUGCACAGCUGAGAAAGCAAGCGCGCGUGCGCGUAGCGGCCUCUCUGCGCCUGCGCCGCCCUUGCCAGUCUUUCGCCGGCAAAAGGAGGACGUAGAAAAGGGGACACCGGAAGCUCACUCUUCACCCGGAAAUGGUUAUUGAGGAACAUGGCGUUGCUGGUGCGAGUCCUUAGGAACCAGACUAGCAUUUCUCAGUGGGUUCCAGUAUGCAGCCGAUUGAUACCUGUGUCUCCUACCCAAGGACAGGGGGACAGGGCUCUGUCUGGCACUUCCCAGUGGCCCCAGAUGAGCCAGUCCCGAACAUGUGGUGGAUCAGAACAGAUUCCUGGAAUAGACAUACAGCUGAAUAGGAAGUAUCACACCACACGUAAGCUUUCUACUACCAAAGAUUCCCCACAGCCUGUUGAGGAGAAGGUUGGUGCUUUCACGAAGAUAAUAGAAGCCAUGGGAUUCACGGGACCUUUGAAAUACAGUAAAUGGAAGAUUAAGAUUGCGGCCCUGCGCAUGUAUACUAGCUGUGUGGAGAAAACUGACUUCGAGGAAUUCUUUCUAAGGUGUCAGAUGCCUGAUACAUUCAAUUCAUGGUUUCUUAUAACCCUACUCCACGUCUGGAUGUGUCUAGUCCGAAUGAAGCAGGAAGGCCGGAGUGGGAAGUACAUGUGUCGUAUCAUAGUUCAUUUUAUGUGGGAGGAUGUUCAGCAGCGUGGCAGAGUCAUGGGGGUUAAUCCCUAUAUCCUGAAGAAGAACAUGAUCCUCAUGACAAAUCAUUUCUAUGCAGCGAUCUUGGGAUAUGAUGAGGGGAUCCUUUCAGAUGAUCAUGGGCUGGCCGCUGCCCUCUGGAGAACCUUCUUCAACCGGAAAUGUGAAGACCCUCGACAUCUUGAAUUGCUGGUAGAGUAUGUGAGGAAACAGAUACAGUACCUGGACUCCAUGAACGGGGAGGAUCUGCUUCUGACAGGGGAGGUGAGCUGGCGCCCUCUAGUGGAGAAGAAUCCUCAGAGCAUCCUGAAGCCCCAUUCUCCCACUUACAACGACGAGGGACUUUGAUGGGCUGGGCCCUCCCCACGGCCGGCCAGCUGGCUUCGAGGAACCGCCAGGAGUGAAGUGCCUGUUGGUCCAGGACCCUGCAGAAAGUGGCCUGAACUGACCUCUGAACAGCAUCUGUCAAAUACCUGGCCCCAUUUGUGUUGAGUUUCCUCUUAGUGUGCCCAGGAGUCUGAUCUGCUGGGGUACAGGGCUGGGAGAACCCCUAGCUCUCCCGGGGUGUCUUCUCCCUUAGGGGAAGCCCCGAGUGAGAGUCCCCCAGCACACAGUCCCCAACCCCCUCCAGCAACUACAUGUGACUGACAGCUUUUCCCAAAGGCCGAGGAAGGGAUGGCAUAGGUUCAAAAGGGAAACCCCCCAGGGCCUGCUGUGGCCUAGGAGCAGAUUGUAAUGCUGUGGAGUUGGGACGGUGAUCACGCGUUGUCCCUCGGCUUUCAGCCAUGGGGUUGAGUUGGCCAUUAAAAGAAACAGAGACUUCUCUUUGCCAUGGCCCUUCUUUAUUCCAGGGACUUAGAAAUUUGCCUGAGAUGGUGGACGUGGUAGUGAGGGCACCAUGCAGUUCAGUUAGAGACAGAGAAAGGGAAGAGGCUGGGAUGGUCUCUGCUACUCUUGCCUCUAGUUCAUGGAGAUGUGUCUCUGUUCAGGCCAAGGCACAGCCAGCAAGGCCCCUCGUCUGGGACCCAGGAGGCCUCUGAUGACCAAGGGCUUUCACAUCCUAAGUCAUUUGGAAGGAGGCCUUGAGAACAAAGUCACCUUUGUCACUCCCAGUGAACUGAAUGAGGAACGUGCUGUCUCCUGUCUUGGCCUCCCCUUUCAUGAGAUAUUGGGGAGAAGAGAACAUUCUUCCUGGCUUAGUUGUAGCAGACCCAGACCUGUGCCCAGCUUUGGUCCCCCUCCCCAACUUCUGAAGCACGUGCUGCAGAGCCACCUUGGUCUGAGCAGCUGAGGACCAGCCCCUCCUCCCUCAGUGCGGCUCAUCUCUUGGGGGAUUUUCUUAAAGUGAAGAAAGGGGGUGGGGAACCAUAUUGCCCCUCCCUCCCCCAUCAAACUUCCUUCAUUUAACUUGCUAUAAAAUGAGUCAUAUAAAGAAACUCUAUAUGGGUGAGGUAUAUCCCACUUCUGUGAAAACAUUACAAAUCAAACCGCCUUCUCUCAGUUUAUUUAAGAUGCUUUUGUUGCGAUCGGAGCUCUAGAGUGAAGCCUCCUGUGUGUGUGUGAGAUAAUAACACCUUGUAACUCAUUACAGCUGGGCACUAUUUACAUAAACCAGAGCUGAGCCAGGCAGGAAUUUGCUGAUUAAUUUAUUUUUAAUGGAGUGAAGUAUACCAUGCACCAAAAUAAACUUUACUGUGUGUACCUAA